GACAACCAAACAAAAGAUAGGUGGUUACAGCGCGCGUCCCGCGACAGCGAAUUCAGCCCACCUUCGCUGUCACUACUUGAGUCGCGCCAAGGAAUGGAGACUAUGGCCGACGUCGUCGAUUCACCACAACUCAUUCAAACCCCGUCGGUGAAUCGACGUGGUUCGACGGAAAAACCUCCAAUUUUGGCUUUCUCGUCCUCGUUUGAACGGUUACCUGAUGAAAUCAUAGAGCAGAUCCUACGAUUGACAGACCCAAAUUCGUUCGCCUCCCUCGUACUCCUAAAUUCCAAAUGGCGAGCAGUAUCACAGCAAGCGCAUCUCUACGAACAUCAGCUUUCGCAAUGCCCAUCCUACGCCGCGAGCCACAAGACCCGCCGUGCGACCCCCACGUCCGACGAUGACCUUCCCGAUCUCCGCCGGCUCUUUGCCCGCGAGGUCAAGCGCAACCUCUUCGAUGCCUACCUGCGCCCAAGCCUGACCGUGAUCAAGCUUGUAUCCAAUUCCAUCAGCUCGUCCUCGUGUCCUGGCGGCGAAGGCAUGCAGUUCCACCCAUCUCCCCGAGGCCAUCAGCUGCUGGCGUAUAACUCGUCGCGCAUCUACGUCAUCGACGCGCGGGAACGCGAGAUUAAAGUCAAGAGGGAGCUCAAGAUCCUGAGGAGGCCCGCGGCGACGUGCAUCAUGGAUGAUGGCUCCCUGCUGGCCGUGCUUCUGACCGAGAUGCAGGUCGACCUGUACGACCUCACCCAGUCUCCGCCUAAGCGCACACAGUCCAUCAUCUUGGAUAACAGCCCUCGCGCCAUCGCGCUGUCUCCAUGUGGCUCAGUCCUGGCUGCCGCAUACGAGGGUGGGAUAGAGGUCUCGUCGCUCAGCCCUGGGGCCAUGGGCACCGAGAGGAGGGCGGUCAAGUGCGACGCCGUCGAUGCAUUGGCAUUUUCUUUUGACGGGACGCAGAUUCUUGGGACAACGGUUCAGUCUACCCAGCCGAAUACGGUGAUAUUGACGGCGCCCUACUACGAUGCGGGCAGUCACAUGGAGAGUGACAACAUGAGUGGGCUGUGGACCACCUCCAUCCUGUUUCCCAACACUAGCCGCGACUGCAGCCAUGCCGUCCUGCUGCAGGAUUCAAAUUUCGAGGAGGCAACAUGGGCGUUCACCUACGACAGGAGUUUUGAGACCUUCCGCGCCGUGAGGAUCGACGACCUGCGGAACGGGACAACAUACUUUACCGGUCCGGUCCCAAGCAAGAGCUCGCAGGGCAGAUUGCUUCCGUGUACCCUUCCGGCAGCAUCUUACCGUGGGGACCUCGUGGCGGCUGGAUUCCAGGGGAAGGAUAUCUGGGUUUACGGUGUUCCCGAGGAUCUGGACGCCGCGCCCGAGCCUCCAAGCAAGGACCCGGAGCACGGCUCGCCGGAUAGCACCGGACUGCGUCGACGCGGCAGCGGGCCCUCGACGCGGUCCACAUCACGGGGUCAGGAGAACGCCGACGAAAGAGUACCGCAGUGGCAGCUGCUGUGCGACAAACUUCGCAACACGUUCAUUGCUGGGUCCAAGGUUGCCGAGUUGAGCGGUGCCGGCACUGUCAAGUGGGUCGCUGGAUUUGGCGACUCGCCGCUCAAGGAAAGACUGAUAGUUGGUGCCAAGGGCCUGUCUAACAAGCCAGCAUCUGAGGAGGACGAGUUUGACUUUGCCGACGGUGGCAGGCUUACCCUGAUCGACUUUGACUACGGUGUCGAAGACGGGCAAGUUACCGAGAUCACCAUCGAGGUCGGAGAUGCUGAGCCCGAGGUUCUGGAAGAGGAGACGCGCGACAUGGAGACCGAGGUGGCAAUUGUCAGGAGGAGGACAGUAGCACAAAGGAGGGGCAAUCAAAGCUCGGUGAUGCGGGCUGCCACAACGGCCGCACGCCUGCCUCCUGUCCCCUUGCCGCCUAUGCCGCGACGCACUAAGGGGGACGAUGCUGAUGACCCGCUUGUUUCACGACGAACAGGUGUGCCUCCGGUCCCGCAGAGGACUGAGACUGGCGGACCUUUGUCCGAGGAUGGUGACGGCCAGUCACUGCUUGACCCUCAAGAGGCUCUGGAGGAUCCAUACUCCCAAACAGGACCCCGGUCCGGUCCAACUCUCCGUCGGGCGGCCACGGCCGCUGCUAAUCACCGCCGCUUUCACCCGUCUGGCCCGGAGCCUGCAGCGGUUCAGUUCCGAAGGGUUGAUGGACGGCAGGGUCCGCCUCAUGAAAGUGAUGCUGAUAACUGGGUACCACCACCGCCACCGUACCAGAAGGAGAACCCGAUCGUGGACCUCCCGUCGUUCCUGAGGCAUAACAACAUUCCGCCUGCCGGUGACACGAACACCGCCACUCCUCCCGUGCCGCCCAUCCCCAGCCAAAUAUCGCACCAAGCAUCGCGUAGCAACCCCGUGCUGCCAAUAAUCCGGCAAACGGCUCCAAAUAGACUGUCAUCACACGAUGGCGUCUUGGCCACUAACCAACAAAGACACGCCAGUGACUCUAGUGUGGGCCGCUCGCGAAGCAUUGAUGCACCACAGCCCAGUCCGAGCACGUCAGGGCUGGGUAUCCGUGACAACGAAGACAUAUACGAUGUCAGCCCGCCAGGGACUCCGAAUCAGUCAGGGCCACGGCCGCCUACGAUUCCUCGUCAUUCGACCGAUAGCAGCGGGCAUUUGACGACAACACCCAAUCGCACUCCCAAAAUGUCAACCCCGGUGGCACCUUCUCCAGUGGUCUCUAACAUGGGCCAAGAUACACCCACACCGGCGCCCGCUGUGUUCACGCCUUCAACGAUUGCGAGCACGCCAGCUGUUGGGCAAGGCGGACAGGGAGGACCGCCGCUGCUUGACCUUCAGAUACCGACGUCUGCUCUGUCGCCUUCGCAGAUGUGGAACAGUCUUGCCACAGCAACCAGCGAUCAGCAGUCAGCAAGUGCCAGGGUUUUGUCAAACUCCCAGACUUGGCCCAAGCAGGCUUCGUCAGAUAAGCCAUCACCGGCGGUCAGUAUGUCUACGGCUGGCAUUCCGCAGUCGGCCCCGGCCACAAACUUCGACCCCAACGAGGCCAUCGCCCAGGCUCAGCAACUGCCCCAACCAGGCGCUGCCCGUUCGGCCACCUAUGGCGCCUCCAUUCAGCCUCCCGCAAUCCCUUCACAACGCCAACGUCAGCCCUACUCGCCAAGCCAGCACCCUCUCCAACAAAACCCGAUAACCCCAAGAGUACCCCACGCCCAACAGGCCUCACCAGUUCCGCCCCCCGAGACGCCCCUCAUCAUCAGUACCCCGCGCGGGAUCAUGGGCGCCUUCGAUGCGCCAGGCUCCGCGAAGCAAGCCGAGCCACGACCCGAGACACCCCUCGUGUCACCCGUGCCCCGCCAUCCACGCGCCUCGCCCGGCUCAUCGGGCCCCGGCUUCCGCCCGGCCGCCGAGCGCCUCGAGGGCAUGUACAACUCAUCGUCGUCGAUUCCGCGCCCGCCGCACGACUUCCUCAACGUCCCGCUCGUCCCGGCGUCUCCCAUGUCCUCGGGUGCAACGUCGCGCGCUGCCUCGGCGAGCGUGCUUGGCCGGCGCAAGAGCCGCGCGGAGCGCAGCGCCGCCCGCAACAUGUCAGACGCCAAGAAGCGCGGCUGGAGGCGGUCCAAGAGCAAACGCGGCAAGAAAAAGGGUGCCAAUGGUGACAACAACAACAACCAGCAGCAGCAGCACGACGCGGCGGCGUUCCUCUCCCACCAGCAGCCCGAUGUCGAAGGCAGCAGUGCCCAGGCCUGGACCGAGAUCUCGGCGCCGCCUCCGGGAGUGCUGGGUCCGCAGAGCAGCGCCAAUGCGGCCAUGAGCGCGUACCAGGAUAAAAAGGGCGGUAGCCGCUUGAGUAAACAUAAAAAGGAUCACAAGUGUAUCGUUAUGUGA